AAUUGAUAUUCUUUACUGGCAAUGUGCAUGAAACUGUCAUUCUGUAAAACAAAGUGUUUGCAGAGUUCACUGUUCGAAUUUUUGUAAAUAUGUGGUACGAAAUUCUGCCGAGUUUCUUCAUAAUAACAGCGGCUUUAGGCCUGCCUGGAUGGGGUCUUUAUCACAUUCACAACUUGACACUGGGCAAUCAUUACAGACGCACACUCCUCCAGCGAUGGGACCGCAUCACAUACCAGCGUGACUUGAGGCUCACUGGGAACCCUUACAAAGUCAAUGGACUAGAGGCAAUCCCCGAUAAAUAAAUGGAUUCAACAUUGCUGUAGCUUCAUUAAUCAAUAGAACUUUUAUUGUAAAAUAAAUUGUAUUUAAGUUAAUUAAAA